AUGAAGCCAAAAAUAGGAACAUUAUUUUUCGUUUUAUUUUGUGUGAGAGAUGUUAUUGGCGAAGUGAAAUUGGUGGAUGAAAAUGAACCAAGGUGAGUAAUUUUUUGGAAAAAUACAGACAUUUCGAAAUUUUUUUAAUCCAAAAGUCUGAAAAUAAUCAUUUUUUUCAGAGCUCGAAUUAUAACAGAAGACAGAAACAUCAUUUUUCACGCAGGUCUUAACAAAAACAUCAAUUUUAAAACAAAGCGAGAUGGGAAAAUCUACAUCGAUAACACAGAUCUAUUAAAAUUCAACUACUUUGUAAGUAUCACAGUUUUGGUACAGCCAAGAGUUUUGAAUUUUUUCAGUAUGGCUAUCGAGCAAUUUACAAUUUAUCGAAAAAAGUAGAUAAUUUCUCAAAACAUCAAAUAAAACACUAUAUUCACAAUAAUUGGGUACUCUCAAAAUUAAACGAACAUGGUAGUAAUUUUAAAGAAGAGGUUUGACAUUUUUUGUACCUUUACAAUUAGAUAAAUAAAAACUAUUCUUGUAGCAUUUCUUGAUUGCCAAAGAGAUAGCAGAACUUCACAAGGAGCAGAAGAAUUAUGAUGAACUAUUUGAGAACUCUGAGAUGAAUUUAAGAAAACUUAGAGUGGAUACACCGUGAGUUUUUUCUUUUGUAUUUUAUGUGAAUUUUUUUGCAGACCCUUGAUCAAAAAUCUGACAAUCAAUGCUUGUGAUUCAAAUCAUUGUAAAAAUGGUGGAAAAUGUAUUCCAAAAAUUGGAAAUCAAUUUUUAUGCCUCUGCCCUCAUGAAUUUUCGGUACGUUUCAACAUCGAGGUUUUUUUUUCAUAUUACAUAUUUCUAUUCUCUAGGGUAAAUUUUGUGAAGAUGACGUUGAUGAAUGUCUUCAAGAAAACCAAUGUCAAAAUAAUGGAACUUGUGUGAAUAAAAAGAAUGGCUUCUCGUAAGUCAAUACAUUUUCAGACAAAAAAACAAAUAAUUUUCUCAUUCCAGCUGCAAAUGCUAUGCUGGUUUUCAUGGUUCAAAAUGUGAAUUUUCGGUUUCGACGUGCUCAGCAACUCAUAAUCUUUGUGGACCACAUGGAACUUGUAUUGAUCAAGAAUCGAAAUACGAUUGUCAUUGUCAUCACGGAUUUCAAAAAUCCACUGAUCUGGAUAAUCCGACUUGUGUUGAUAUUGAUGAAUGUUUGACAAAUCCUUGUCAUAUUGGAAUUGAAUGUAUUAAUUUGGAUGGAUCUUAUCAAUGUUAUGGUUGUCCGAAGGGGUAUAGAAGUUAGUUUUAAAUCUGAAUCUUACCUAACCCUAACCUUUUUUCAGUGGGUGACGAUGGAUGUGUUGAUAUCAAUGAAUGUGAAAAAACAGAUGCCUGUUUCGAAGGUGUGACUUGUCGUAACUCACCCGGAUCCUAUGAAUGUGACUCUUGCCCGCCUGGAACUACUGGAGACGGCAAAACCGGAUGUACUCCAAAAAAUCCUUGUAAACCAAACCCAUGUGAUGAUGAGUAUGAGUGUUUUGCAAAUCCAAAUUCUUUGAAUAAUGAUGGUUAUGAUUGUGUAUGUCGAAAUGGAAAAGAAAAUGAAGAGGGAGAUUGCGAGCGACACGAUUUAUGUCAGCAUGAUUCGUGUACACUGUUUGGAACUUGUACUGUGAUAAAUGAUACAAAUAUCAAAUGUGUAUGUGAAUCUGUUGCUUUUGGAGAGAGAUGUGAACAUGUGAGUUUGUGAGAAUUUUUGAAAUGUUGAAUUUAUGUAUUUUCAUCUUGAAGCUUACCCCAUGUGCUCAACACUAUUGUGAAAAUGGAAAAUGUUUGAUCCAUAAUGAUGUUGCUCACUGUAAAUGUAACAAACAUUUUUUCGGAAAAUAUUGCGAAAAUCAUGAAACUGAUUAUGAUGAACAUUUUACCGAACUAUCUGGGAUUUUCGAAAAACAGAUUAAUGAAAAAGGUGUUUAUAACAUUAAGAAUAUGUAUUUCCGAAUAGAUGAGCCAAAUUCGGUUUUGAAAAUCAAGUUUUCAAUGUUUUCGGGAUUUAAGGAUAAUUCUACUGGAUGUCGGGAUGCUAAUUCUAGACUUCUUGUAAGUAAAAAAAUAUAUGUUCAAAAUCUGAAACACGUUUUUUUAAGUUAUACGAUGGACCAAAUGAGAACUAUCCUUUGUUGAAAUCUUGGUGUGGAGAAGCUCCAGAUGUGAGUUUUAAAAUUUUUAUGAGACUCGCGAAGUCAAAUUGAAAAAUCUAUCAGGAAAUUCAUAAAAAUUAAUUUUCAGGCUCCAGUUCUCGAACAUAAUAUAACUCUCUCAACAACACACGCAUUUUUAAAAUACGAAGGUUACGAAGGAACAUUUUCUGGAACUUACACAGUUGAUAAAAGCGGUAAGAUUUUUUUUGAAGGGUUCGGUAUAGCCGAAAUAAAAAUACAAUUUAGACUGUGGAUAUCGCACAAAAAGUUCUGCGCACCCACUUGUUGUUCCUGGUUUUAAAUCAGAUAUUGUUUGUGAAUGGUUUAUUUCUGCACCACAAGGUAAAGCUAUUGAAAUAACGAUUCCUAAAAUGCGAAUGGAUACAAGAGACUGUGAAAUGAAUAAAUUAGAACUUCAUGAUGGCAUAUCUGCAUCGCGCGACCCAGUUAUAAUGCAAGCCUGUAAAAAUAUCACUUCUUCAAAAACCUAUAAAACUACCGGAUCAUUUUUAACAGUACUCUUUCAUGUGUUCGAAUCUGAAUUUUAUAACAAAUCUGGUGGAUUUUCGAUGAAAUUCAGAUUUGUUGAUGAUAUUGAGAUGUUUGAUUGUGAUUCAAAAGAAAUUGUGAGCACCGUACUUGUAGAAGAAUCAGGAUAUAUUGAAUCACCAAAUUAUGGAAGUUUAUAUCCUCCUUGUUCUCGCCGGGAUUGGAAAGUUCAGGGAAACCCAGAAAAUGCCAACAGAACUGACAUCGCUAUAAAUCUAAAUUUUGAACUUCUUGAUAUUCCUUCAAAACGUUAUUCUAAACUUGAGAGAAAAAAUGUUACAAGGAUAUCCAAUUUUCAUGGUGAAGAUUCAGUGAAUGAUAUUGAUUAUAUUAUUGUUCAACAGUGCUCUAGCGACAAAUUGACUGUGUUUCAUGAAGAUGGAAGUUUUUAUAAGGAACUAUGCGGAAAGCCCUAUUUAUACCCAAUACUUGUCCCAAAAGCAAAUCUUUUGAUUAGUUUUCGAUCGAAUAAAACGAUUCAAGGAAAAGGAUUUCGCAUCAAGUAUAAAAUUGAAUGUUAUCAAAAAUUGUCUGGCAAUGGAAUUGUGAAAACUUGGAAUUUUCCAACUAGUUUGAAAGCUGGAACUUGUGUAUAUUAUGUGCAAGCUCACAAAAAACAUGUGAUUAAUAUAACGUCAGUGAGAAAAUAUAAAAGCAGAGCAAUUUUUUUACGUAUCAAUAUUUUUUGUUUAGAUUCAAAAAAAUCCUGAUGAAUACUGAUUGCAAUAAUCCAAAUCCUACAAAUUACAUUCAAAUCGAAAACAGAAAUAAAAAUACUGUCCAACGAUUUCAUUGCAAAAACGAAACAUUCAACGACAAUCAAGAAUUUGUUUUUCGUGAAACUUUUAAUGUUAAAAUUACUGUGGUUAGCGAUGGAACCAAGGCAUUUAGAGGAUUGGUUUUUGACUAUGGCAGCAAAAAUAUUGGUGAGUUCUGGAUAAUCAUUAAAAAAUCCUGAUGUUUUUUGAAGAUUGUGGAGGACAAAUAAAAUCGGAAUUCAAAAGUCCAUCAUAUCCUGGAAAUUAUCCGGCCAACAUUAAAUGUAGCUAUUUUUAUCCUUUUAGUGAGCUCAAAACUUUCAAAAUCACUUUUGAUGAUUUUGAUCUUCCAUACAAUUGUGAGGAAGGAAAUUUGACUCUGUACAAUUCUGAUACAAGUUCAGAAGUUAGAACUUUAUGUGGAAGUUCAUUCACAAGUUCACCAAUAAUUUUGACUGCUGAAAGAUUGUCUUUGAAAUUCAUGUCCUCGAAUACAAUAGCAAGAGGUUUCAAAGGAAGGUUAGUUUAAAAAAACGAGUCUAAUUUUUUUUUUUGAAAAUUUUUUUUGUAGAAUUGAACUCUUAGAAACUGAAUCAACGUGUGAUGCAACAUAUCAUCAAAAAAGUGGAAUAAUUGUAUUGACAAAUCCUUUCCUCAAAAAAUGCACUUAUCAAAUUGCUGUUGAACAUGGUCAAAAAAUAGUUUUAAAAAUCCGCCGAGCAAUUAUACCAUGUUCAACUUCACUUCUCCAAAUAAUCGAUGGAAAAAAUACAAAUAAAUCAAUAAAUUUCUGUACCCACAAUGAAGACCAAAGGCAAGAUUUCAAAUUAUUUUCAAAUGAAGCCACAAUAUACUACACAUCGACGGAACCUGAAUCUGUAUAUUUCCAUAUUCAUUAUGAAAUUAUUGCUGGAUGUGGAAGUACACUUGAAGGUUAUGAAGGAAUUGUGUCAGCUCCACAGUAUCCUCACAAAGAGAAUCGAAAUGUGUCUUGUGAUUGGAAAAUUGCAGUUUCUCAUGGUAAUCGUGUGAAUUUGACGAUUGAGAAAAUUGAUGAAUUAAAUGGGUAUCCUGAGGAAAAAUGUGAAUCUGGUGUUGGGAAUAGAUUGGAGGUUGGUUUUCAGGAGACUGCGAGAGUUAAUACAAUUUUUCAGAUUUCUGAACAAUUUCAUCAACAAGUUCAAAACCAUGGUGUUUAUUGUCAUCAAGCUCAAAAUCUACCCUCAAUUAUCUCCGAAUCUGAAAUGGUUGAUAUCAAAUAUCUACAAAAUAUUAAUUUGAAUCAAAAAGUUAGCGGAUUUAUUCUGAAAUUCACCACAGAUUGUAAAAACAUUCAAUUGAAAAAACCUUAUGGAAUUAUUCAAUCUCCAGGAUAUCAAGAUGAAAAAUCAUUCGAAAAUCAAGAUUGCAGUUGGAAUAUUGAAGUUCCUCUUGGUAAUAGAGUUAUCCUAACUUUCGAAACAUUCAUUGUAAAUCGAAUUGAUAUGGAGAGCCAAGAAUGUUUGGAUAAUGUUUUGAAAAUUGAUGAAACCAAUUUUUUGAACGCGACAAUAGAUAAUACACUUCAAGGAGGAUUGCAAAGUUCAAAUAUUCAUAAAUAUUGCGAUUUAUUUAUUCCACAGGAAAUCAUUUCACGACAUAAUUCUAUGAAGAUUUCGUAUAAAUCUGAAUCAAAAUCGGAAAACAAGUUUAUGUUAAAUUAUCAUGUUUUGGGAUGUGUUGAAGAGAUUUCUACGUCGCAAACUAUAAUUAUUCGAAAAACUGAUAUCGAUUUGGAAUACGAUAAUUUUGAAUGUCAAUAUCAUAUUAAAGCAGAGAUUGAUCAAAGAAUCAUAAUUUCAAUUGAAUCAUUUGAAGUUCAACAUAAUGAAAAUUGCGAAACAAAAUCCGAGGACUUUACAGGAUUAAAAAUAUAUUUAGGAUCAUCAAAUUCCUCCGGACCAAGACACAUUUUAUGCCAAACUAAUAAGCUAAUACCUUAUAUAUUGCAUACAAGUGAAGCCUUUAUUCAAAUUAUCCUAAAUCGAAAAUUAUUCAAAUAUAAUCAAGAAGUAUUUUUGAAAGCGACAGUGGAAAUAAAACAAAAAGAGAAGAAUGAUAUGUAUGGAGAUAUAAUUGAUUGUAAGUUGGAAACUUAUGUAUCAAAUAAAUAUUGUUAUUUUUACAGUGAAUCAUCAAAAAAAGACUAUAAUUCAUAGUCCAAAUUAUCCAAAAAUUUAUGAAUCUGCGGUGAGAACAAGAUCAUUAGUUAUGGCGAGUGAAGGACAUCAAAUUGAAAUCAAAAUAUUGAAUUUCACUGGUGCUUUUGACAUGAGUGAACCUAUCACUAAAUUACCGGACAAAGAGAAAGACCAACAGCUAGUGUUUGAAACAGUAGAAAGGUGAUUGCGAAAAAUACAACGGUUCCGACAAAAAUAUUCUAGUUUUGUACAUACAUAGUUUCCGAAAAAAUAAUUUAAAAAAAUCUACCACAUUUUUUCCUUGCUCACAAUUUCCUUCUUAAAAAUAUAUUAUUUUCAAUAUACGUCACCUUCCUCUCACUAAUUCUCUUUUUCUUUUCUACUCCCUCUCUCUCAUCUACUCUACGUCUCUAACAUCGCAUCUCCCUCUACUCUUCAUGUUUUCAAAAAUAGUUUGUUUUAUAGUCUUUUUUUUUUUCUUAUUUUCUUCCUUUUUCGCGUGUAGGUUAGGUUUAAAUUUGGCUAAAAAAAACGAUUUUUUGUCGCUACUGUAAUUUCAAGAUAAUUAAGGUUUUUACAUUUUUUUUCAGCUGGAGAAUAAUUGAUGCGUUCGUUUCCGAUCCUCUAUUGCUUUCUGAUCAUGUUUUUAUCGAAUUUCAUGGAGCCACCUGGAAACCAAACGACGGACAUAACGAUUUUGUAAGCUUUUUUGAAAACAUAUGUAUCAGAAAUUUCAUUACGUUUUUCAAGGCUGGAUAUAAAAUAGAAAUCAAACGAGUUUGUGGAGGUACAAUACAUGCAACCGCAGAAAAUCAAGUAUUUUUUAUGGACUUGGAAAUCGGAGAAACGUGUAAAAUCCAAAUUCUGUCAAAGCUUCCGAUUCACGCAAGUCUUGAAAUUCUGGAAGAACAACAAAAUAUAACAAAUUCUGGAAAAAUUGAUGGGAAAUUCCGCGUCACAGCGGAUAGUUCGAUUAUUGAUUUAUCGACAAAAACUUUGAAACAUAUUUCACAUUUCAAAGCUGAAAGUCCGAUGGUUUUUGAAGCUUUGGAUAUUAGAACAAAAACUACUGCAAUUAUAAGAUAUUCUACACAGAUGGGUGAGUUUUUUAAAAUUUUAUUUAUAGAAAUAAUAUUUUUCAACCUCAGAUUGUGGACCAAUUACUCGAGAACAUACAAUUAUCGAUUUUGAAUUGGAUCAAACCAAAGAAUGCACAUGGAUUUUGAAUAACACGCUUGGAAAUAGUGUAUCUCUUAAACUCACGUUAGUCAAACUCAGAAACUUAAUUGAAAAACAAAUUUUUGCAGUUCGGACAAUUUCCCAAACACACAUCACUGCGCAGAUUCAUAUAUCGAAGUUCGAGACUCAAAUUCUGCAGGAAAAAAGCUUUACCGAGGAUGUGAAACUGAAAUAAAUCAAAAAUUCACUGGAGUUGCUCUAUAUAUACAUCUCAAAUAUACCAAAAAUCUUUUGUCGAACAACAAAUAUUCACUGAACUUGGAAAUGGAAAAAGUUGCGGGUGGUUAUCCGAAGGAAGGAUAUGAAGGAACACUUUUACCACCGAUUUUGGAUGGUCCAAAGGAAUUUUCAUGGAGUUCGUUGUGUAGUGUGAGUUUUUUUAUGAUAACAGCUUUAUGGGGCGUCCAAAAAUAAAAAAAAAUGAAAAACUUACUUCUGUCCUAGCCCCAUUGUUAGGAAUUUUAUAAAUUUUCUUAUGUUCGAAAAACUUUCAGCCUGCCCAAAUAACGACACAUCAUGUAUCAUUAAGUGAAGGAUCAUCAAUUCAAAUUUCUUCAAGAAAUGAUGUAACGGGAUCGGAAUCAAAUGAAAGCAGAGCUCCAUUAACAGGACUACCGCCAGAUAAAAACUUUAUCUUCGAUGACCAUGAAAGCGCCGAUAUAAAAGUUGUUAUGAAUCCUAAAGAUGACUUCAAAAUCAAUUGGAAAUGUUUAGAUGCAUAUGAACAUAGGAAAUUGACAAUGCCAACUGAAACUCCAAGAAUUGUCGAUUCCGAUUGUGUAUCAAUAGUUAGACCAACUUGGGAAUGGCAAACAAUUACAAGUCCAUUUCCACCAAAUCGAACAGCUGGAUAUGCAGCAAAUAAAAAUUGUCGCUGGAAUUUUGAGCAAUAUUUUCAACCUUUGGCAUCGUUUGAAAUCAAAUUUGAACUUUUGCAUUUUAACAACUAUGUGUAUUCAUGUUUCCGGAAUUUUAUAACAAUUGAAGUCAAUGGAGGGUAUAAAAUAACAUUUUUGGCUUCGAAAAUGGUUUUUUUUUCAGAACCCAAAGAUAUUGUCAAAAACACAAAUUACCCCAAGAAUUGAAAUAUAGCCAGAAAGAUAAGGUCGCUAUUCAAUUCACGUCUGAACAAGAAGAUGAAGAUGAUGAAGAUGACGAAAAAGAGAAUCUCGAGGCUGGUAAAGGAUUCAAACUUCUAUAUAAGCUUAGUAAGUGUUGCUUCUUUUUCAGUCUCAUUUGUAUUACUUUUUCAGAAUGUGGUAUUUCAAACUAUGAUAUUUCAUCUCCUGAUGGCAUUUUUGACUAUACAAUCUCAAGCCCACCAUAUUUGGAUGCUUCUGAAGAUAUUUCUUGUAAUUGGAUUCUUCAUUCAUCGAAAAAUCGUAGAAUCAAUGUGACAAUUGAUGAUUUUGAUAUAAACAUUUGUGAAGGCGAAAAUUGGUUGCAAGUAAGAAAGAUUUUUAUUUGAUUUUAUUUUUUCAUUUAAUUCAGAUUGAUAGAAAAGUUCUAAAUUGCGGAAAUUAUUCUCAAUUUUCAUUUGUGACUACAUCAAACACUGUGAACAUUUCCUAUUCUUCUGAAAAUAUUGAGAAUCGAGGAUUCAAUAUUACUGUUAGAGAAGUUUUCAUUGAAUGCCCGGGGGAUAUAAUUCAUAUAACUGAAAAUCGAUCAAGAACAAUUUUCUCGCCAGAAUAUCCAUUCAGCAUUCCUCAUUCCUCUUCUUGUAUUUAUAAAUUUGCCGCACCAAACAGUCAUCGAAUUAUGCUAACCUUUGAAGAAUUCGAUAUGGAAGAAUCAGAUCUUACUAACCCCAAUGAUUAUUUGCAAAUUCGAGAUGGACCAUCAGAAAGAUCGAAACUUAUUGGAACUUAUAGUGGAAGAGGGAUUCAUUCUUCAAUAUUUUCAUCAAGCAAUUUUAUGUUGAUGAAAUUGCAUACAAAUGAAAAAAUAAAUAGUCAUCGAUUUGUGGUGAGUGUUGGAGUCGCGAAAUGUGGUGGUGCAAUUGUUUUAAAUGAGAGAAAUACAAAUUAUACUCUUAAACCACCGGCAAAGUUUACGAAAGGAUUGAAAUGUGAAUGGGUUAUUAAACGGACAAUUACACAUUUUAUUCAAAUGAAGUGAGUUCAGAAAAGUUAGAUUAUUGAUUUUUUUCAACAUAUUUUUCAGAAUUUCACCCCUUGAGCAAUAUGGACUGCCAUGCGUAGAAGAUCUUCUCGAAAUUUCAAAUCUCGAUUCUAACAAAAUGAUUUAUAAUGGUCCAGGAUGUGGGCGAACUAAUAACACAGUUCAAGAAUUUCCCAAUGAUAUAAAAGUGAUUUUUGAUAGCAAGGAAACAAAUUCGGUAAGACUUGUAAUUCAUAUGAGUUAUUAUAAAUCUGUGUAUAUUUUUCAGAAAAAAUUAUAUUCAGCGUUCAUAAUUGUAUUCAAGCUUAGUGAAAAACGUAUGUAAUUAUUUUUCUGACACGAACAAUGAUAAUUUUAUUAUUUAUUUUUUUAGAAUGUGGUGGAUUGAUCACUGAUUCUUCGGGAUUUCUAACUAUUCCUCAUUAUUUACCGCAAUCUUAUCCACAAUUACACUGCGUUUGGAAUUUCAAAGCAGAUCCUGGUUUUAUUUGGAGUGUUAAUUUUUAUUUCAAAAAUGAUCGAGAGAAAAAUUAUAAUAAUGACGGUUGCUUCAAAGAUCUAACGGUUGGAAUUUUUAAAGUUUAUUAUCAUAAUUUAUGUGAAUUUUCAGUUUUUCAACUACGAAAAGGAUUAUUCUAUUGGUCAAUCUAAUAUCUGUCGUGGACAUUCUGCCUUUGUUUCAAACAUUGAUACUUUGAAAAUUGUACUUGAUGAUUCUUACACUCGAAAACUUAUUGGUCUUGGAGAAUAUCCUUCCGGUCAAAUUCCAUAUGCACCAUUUGAACUUGAAUAUGAGAAGGUUCCUCGGGAAGAGUUUAAUUCCUGCAGUUAUUCAAUAACUUCCAAUUCCACACUGAAUUUUGAUAGAGAUCUAGAAGAGAAUCGCACGAAAAUCAUCGAAUUCUGCCAUCUGGCAAUUCCAAAAGCUGGAUCAACUGUUUCUGUAAAAAUAUCAAAUUUCAAAGCGCAAAGUGGAAAUGUUUGUCAGAAAAGCCAAACACAUAUGAUUUUAUCGAGUUAGUCAGGUCUUUGAAAAACGAAAAAAUUUCGAUUUUUUCAGCGAGAUCAAUGGAAAAAUUGAUUUGUCCAAGUGAAUCAAAGGAGUUUUUGUUCAACAAUGAAAAAAUUGACAUUUAUAUUGGAACUCCUAAUCCAGAAGAUUUGAAUUUGAUACUGGAUAUUCGUUUCCUAGGUUUUUUUUGAAUAUUGAAAUUUUCUCCCAAAAACCACAUAUUUUUCAGAAUGUGGUGGUCAUAUCAAAGAUCCUAUGUAUGCUCAAUUCUCCAAUCCAUCUUCGGGACCUUGCCGGUGGCUUCUUGAAGCUCCAGUUGGACAAACUAUCCAACUCACAAUCUCAAAAUUGGUUUGUGGAAGUUCGGGACAAUUAACAAUUGCAGAAGGGAAUGAAUUGGAGCCAAAUGUGAUUCAUAAUUAUUGUGAAAAUGUUUUUGAGAAAUUUGAAAAUACGAUUAAAGUGAUAUUAUCGAAAAGCAGAUUUUUGACGAUGAUUUGGAAUAUGAAAGAUGUUCAGAAAUUUGAAAAAUUGACCGAAUGGGAACUGGAAUAUGAAUUUGUGAAUGAAAAUGAUGGUGGGUUUUUUUCAUGGGAUUUACACCACUUCCCUGAUUGAUUUCAGUUUGUGGAUAUGUUUCAAAGGGUUCAUCCGGUGUGAUUCACACAAGAAACUACAGUGUUUCUGAAUACCUACCCGAUCAAAAAUGCGAAUGGUUUAUUCGAGCUCCAGUUGGUCAUCAUAUGAAACUGCACUACACAUUUUUCGAUAUUGAAGAAUCGAAAAAAUGCGCAAAAGAUGGAUUAUAUAUCACACAAGAAUUUGGAAAUCGCGAAGAAGCGAAUCCCGCGAUUUGUGGCCAUGAAAUACCAGCAGAUUUUGAGUCGAAAAAUAGAAAUAUUAAAGUGACGUUUAAGUCAGAUGCUGAAAAUAGUGGAAGAGGUUUUCAUUUGAGCUGGAAUGCGAUUUGUGGCGAGGUUUUUGAAGAAAAUGAAGGAGUUGUGACAUCUCCAAAUUAUCCAUCUUUACCACGUCACACCAAUUGUAAAUAUGAAAUUAAUGUUGAUGGAUUAAUCGAAAUUAAUUUUGAUGAUUUUGAUUUUCCAUCACAAGAAUAUCGAAUGACUAGAGGCUAUCGUGGAGGAUAUCGUGGAGGAUAUCGUGGAGGAUUUAACGGAGGAUUUCAGCUUCAAUAUCCUUUGUUAGAAAGAAUAUCUUAUCAUCCAGCAUGCAUAACAAUAAUUUCUGCGAAUUUUAACAUAAUAAAAAAAAUUUGUGAGAAAACACAAAUUACCAAAGAUGUUACGAUGAUGAAAGGUCCACUUACUAUAAGUUUGUCUACUUCAAAUUUCAGACGUGGAAGAGGAUUUAAAUUAUCGUAUAAGAAAAUUGGUAAGACUUUUAUUUAAAUAAAAAAGUUCUCAUAAAACUUCAGAUUGCAACCAAAACAUUCAUCUUUCUGAAUCAACACAAUUGAUAAAAUUAAUUGAACGACCAAAAGUCGGGCUUCAUCAUUUCGAAUGUCUUUGGAAUAUCACAACAACUCCAAACCGUCGUCUCGUUGUUCGCUAUCAAAAAUUCAAUACUGCGCCAGAAUGUUUAAAGGAUUAUGUUCGUUUUGAAACUUCUCGAAAUGGACAUUCUGUGUGUGGAAAUAAGAAGCAGUAGGUUUCAGAAUUUUGAAAAUUUUUAGCAAAUAAAAUUUUUUUGUAGAUUUUUCUUGCGUGAUUUCUUGGUUCCUGAAAGUUCUCUCAACAUUAAAAUGGUAUAUAACUACAUCAAUGAUGAGUACCUGAAAAACGGUGCUGUGCAACUUUUGAUAACUUCCACACCAUCUUGUCGCGUUGAUUUCAACCCAACGAAAAAUUGGAAAUCAUUCACUCUUCCAAACACAUCAACCGAAAUCGGAUAUCCAGCCAAUCUCCAUUGUGAAUUGAAAAUCUUGGGUGCGGCUGGUCAUCAAAUUCAUCUUCGUAUCAAUUCGAUGGAUGAUAAAUCGAAAAAUUGCAAGUCUGAUCGACUCACAAUUGUUGAUGGAGGGAUGUCGAUGGGAAAAAUAAUAACAAAAAAUGUUUGUAAAGAUUUGGUUUUACCAUAUGAAAUCAUCACCACAUAUUUUGUGGCAACAUUGAUUUUCAAAUCUGAAAAUGGUGGCAGUGGAAGUGGAUUCAAUAUUUCUUACAAACAAGAAGAAGGUGAAUUUUUAGAUUAUUAGGAUGUUAAAGAUAGAGUCUGACAUAAAAAUCGAUUUUUUUUCAGUGGAAUGCGGUGGUAUCCUCCUACCUGACGGUGUGAAACCUCGCCCAAUGUCUAUCCACGCCGAACCGCACCUCCAAAAACCGAAAAAAUGUCGAUACAUGUUUUUAUCUCAAGGCGAUUCACAAGUAUUAAUAAAAUUCACCAAAUUCAACAUUCCAUUAAACUGCGAGAAGAAUUAUGUGGAAAUUCAGGAUGCGUCGCCAAGGGCUGGAUGUUUGACAGCUGAUUGUCUUGAGAGAAUACGAAAUCGACAUAUGAUGAAAUUUUGUGGAAAGGAUAAAAUUCCAAUGAUUGUUUCAAAUCGGAGACAAAUUCAAAUCCUUGUGGAAUUUGAGAAUAAACCAAAUACAAGUGUGCAUUUGGAAUAUCAAAAUUUGAAUGGUAUUUUUUUCUAGAUGGAUAAGAUUUUCAACAAAAAAAAAUCAUUUUCAGAUUGUAACCAAACCAUCAAUCUUGUCGAUUUUCCAUCAGGCCGUUUAACAAGUCCAAACUACCCGCAUUCUUACAAUUCAUCAAAAAUCUGCACAACAAAAUUCGAAAAUUCUUCAUGGCCUCGUUACACACCAAAAUUAUUGAUUAUUUUCGAAAAACUUUUGGGAGAUAGUAAAAACAUGAUUGAAUUUAAUGAAGAGGAGGUUAAUAAUACUCAACAGUUUGCAGGAGAUUUGAAUAAGAAACCGAUUUUUACAAAAGGUGGAGCUACAGUAGAUGUGAGUUGAAUAUUUUUUUUGAAAGAAAACACUCUAAAUUAAAAUAUUUCAGAUGAUUUUGAGAACGGAAAAGAUUGCUGAAGGAUUGGGUUAUGAAGUGAGCUAUUAUUCUGUGAUUCAUGAAAAUGAAAGUGUUGUUGAAUAUGCUAGAAAUCAUGAUUUGAGUGGAGUUUUGAAUAAUCAAGAUUUUCCCAGAGUUCCGGAGAAACAUGUGUAAGUUUUAGGGUAGAAUUAAAAUAUAUUUGAAUUUUUUCAGCUUCACAAUUGAGCCACCAAAAAAUCACAAUUGUAAAUUUGAAAUCAUCCCAGACACAUUCCUGAAUUAUGAAGUUUGUAGGAAUUGUGAGUUCAUUCUUUUUUUUUCAGAGUUAUCAUAACUUUUUUCAGCCACAAAUCUUAUAAUUCAAAAAUAUAUUGAUAACAAACUUCAAAGUUCAUUUAUGAAAAAAUAUCCUGAAAAUUGUCCGGUGAGUCUGAGUCUAUUUUUUUGUGGAAAAUAAUUUCAAUUUUUUCAGCAGACUAGAAGUUCUAUAUCUCUCGAAAAAAGUGAGAAGAGUCGCUAUUUGAAAUUUGAAUUUUUGUGGAAUGAUAAUGCUCAACCUACACAUCGUAUUGAAUGGAUAUGUGAUAAUUCAGAAUAUGAAACUGAAGAUAAUUGA